AUAUUUAUGCAAACAUAGUUGAGCAUCUACGAAUUUAAUCAUGUCGUUAUCAGGUGACUUUUUAAUUACAUGUAGUUGACGUUUUGAUAAUAUUUCAUGAUGACUGACGAAGAAUGGAUUAAAGACGAAAAAAAGUAUCAACAAAAAAUAAAUGAUUUGAAGGUGCCGUAUAAACCAUGCAUGACAAUCUCUGUUUCAGUAUUAUGUGGGAGAAAUAUAUCUGUAGGCUUACUACAUGAUUUAGUUGACAUACCCGAUCCUCAGGUUUACGUAAGUUGCGCCGAAGCCGCUAGUCGGAAAGAUUUCAAAACCAAAAUUGCUAGAGAUCAGCAUCAUCCCGUCUGGAAUGAAACUUUUACAUUCGUUUUAUCGGAAAAGAAGAAUCUUACGGCAAAUAUAAAAAUUGAUUUAUAUGAAGAAGAUCAAUAUAAAUUCGAUCCUCACCUCGGGUCAGCGACCCUAUCAACUGAUGAUCUUGAGAUAGGUAAACAAAAGUACACAACAUUAGUCUUCGGGAAGCAUGGCCAAGUAGAUAUCAAACUUCUGAAACAAUGGAGAGUAACUCCCGAUUUUCAUCUUUCUCUUGGGCUAUGUACGGAAGAGUUGAAAUAUAGACUGGCAAGAAAACCGAAGACAAAAGAAGCAAUUCGUAAAUUUCUUGGAGAAGAAAAUGGACCUACAACUCUGAGCGAAACGCCAACUAUUGGGUUAGCAAUCAGUGGAGGUGGAUAUCGCGCAGUUGCGACAUCUUGCGGGGCGAUGGAAGCACUUGCCGAGAGUAACUUGCUUGAUACAUUGAUGUAUUUUGCUGGGUUAUCGGGUUCAUCUUGGUACCUGUCAAGCGCCUACCUUCACAAAUCACUUGCAAACUUGCAGACUUUGUUUGAGCAUCACGACUGGUUGAGAAAACAAAUGGAAUACAGCCUUUAUAAUUAUUUGUUUGACAUGUCGUUUCAUAAGCGAUAUAGAAAAUAUAGAGAGUUUAAAGUCGAAAAUCAUCAGCCAAUAACAUUUGUCGAUUUUUACGGAAUGACGUUGGGAGAAACAUUUUUAGACAAACAAAACACCAGCGUGCCAUUUUCAGCACUCAAAGCCUACGUAGAGACAGCUGAGGUGCCUUUCCCCAUUAUAUCAUGCGCACAUGUACGCGAAAAUAUGCCGAUGUCGGAAUUUUGGGAUGAAGUCGAAAUGACUCCUUUCCAAGUUUCUCUUCCUGGAUACGGAAUCAACGUUUCAACGGAAAAUUUCAAUUCUAGAUUUUGCAAUGGAAUUUUACUUGAUCGAUUACCUGAACCACCAUUACAUUAUAUUAUGGGUUCAAGUGGGAGCGCCUUCGCUAUAAUGAAUCAUAAAAUGAAAGAUAAAAACGAAAUUGCUGCAGAACUAUGGGAAUAUAUCGAUGCUCAUCAACAAAAUACAUUGCAGACACAAACUGGUCAAACGACCGAAGUGAUUUGCGAUGAUGAAUUAGAACCACCUUCUCCUAGAGAGUUAAAUUUUGCCUCCCGUGAAGACAAAUGGUUGGAAUCACUCACGAUUAGAGAAUCAACUGACUCAAACAGUAAUAUCAUGAAACAAGAAUUCGGAACAAGAGGUUCGUGGCUUGUGAGAACCGCAAGAGUGAGAAACUGUGCCGUUGGAUGUAAAAGUUUGAGGAAAUUCCGAUUUGAUACAAAUGUGGUUCAAGGGGAUGCAUCUAAAAGAGCAAGAAAAACAAUGUCUGUUGACAAUUCAAAUAUUGCGCUUUGUGACGCUGCAUUGGGAUGCAAUCUUCCUUCCAUACAUGUGAUGAGGCCACAGAGGAAAGUGGAUAUUCUGCUUGUAGUAGAUUGCAGCAACUACUUGAAUGAAACAUCUCUCCAGAUGGAGUUAUUUGCCACAGUACAAAGUCAAGUCCACGAGCAUGGAAUCAAAUUUCCUCGAAUAAGUUUGUCUGAAAUUGCCAAAAGUCCUUUUCGUGAGUUUUAUAUAUUUGAAGACGAAGAAGAUCCGAAAUGUCCAAUAGUAUUCUGGUUUACUUUAUCGAACGCAAAAUUCAAAUCUCUACAAAAUCCUCACAGAAGAUCGGGAUAUCCCCAACCGGAUGCAGUUGAUUCAGGUCAAGAGAAAUUCAACGAUUUUUGUAUAUAUCCUGAAAGUUCAGAUUUUGGUACUCUGCGAACUUCAUUUACUCCACUAACAUUUGAUAGAAUUCGAGAAUUGAUGAGAUUUAACAUUAUGAACAAUAUGUGGAUCGUCAAAGAGAAAAUCGCAAAUAAGGUUAAACAGAUGAAGAUACCUAAGGACAAAGAUGUCAAUCCCGAAAAGAUUAAAUCUUGAGUCAUUUUACCCAUAGAACAAUCUUCUCAGCAAUUUAUUGAAUUACAGAAUGAAAACAAUACAAUAUAAUCUAUUAUGCUAUAUAUCUGUAUUGCCUGCGUACGAUUUCAUUUAUGUUUUACUAUAUGCAGUUGAUGGUGAAUAAAUUCUAUAUCGAAGCGAAUUUUUUUCUGGUGUUUCUCUUAGUAAUAAUUCUAAUUUGAAAUUUAAUAUUUUUUAUUAUUACUAUUCACCAUUGUAUUGCCCCGUUUUUUUUCCAAAACCUCGUUUCGUUUAUUUAGUGCAUUUUAUCUAUCCAUCAUAUCAAGAUAUCAUACUACGACGUAUAUACUAGAUCAAAAAAGAGCAUUUUACUUUUCAGUCAGAUACCUCAAUAACCCCACCUCUGUUAUUAACUCUUGUAUAUUACAUAUAGCGUUGUGCUAUAAAUAUUUAUUGUAUGGACUCGUGUAUUAAUAUAUAUAUCAUCACGUGCAUUACAAAUACCUAUUAUGUUACCUCACUAUUACAUUAUCUAUUCAUCUACCAACUUUAUUUUAUUCAGUGCAAUCAAUUUUAAGGUGAAUAUUAUACGAAAUGAAAUAAUAUGAAAUUUGUUGACUUGCCGAUGGUACUGACUCAGGACUAUAAAGUUGAGUCUCAAUUAUACUGCACAAUUUA